AUGACGAAGAACAAACCUCAGGACUCCCUUCCUCCGCAAUCCAUCAACGACUCGGCACUAGCUCAGCCGUCCAGCACAAAUGAGGCGCCAUGCUGCCCCUGCAGUAUCUCCAAGUGUUGCAACAACUGCAAGUGCUCCGGUAAAAAUCCUUGCGAAGCAGCCCCACGACCCGACGACGAGCUGCCAACCACCGUAUAUCCCAGCAACGACGAUACGCCAACACAGCCUCUCUCCAAGAAAUACAAAUGGCAUAAGAAACCCUGGGACUUGCAGACAUUCCGUCAAGUGGCUGAAAUUUGGAACUUCAAUGUGUCCCUCAUGGAGCAGAAACCAGAAGUGCUUAGCGCCGCCGAAGAACUCCUUUUCGAUGUUACUCCGAGCUCACCGGUUAGCGGAGAGCUACGAGCAUGCGAAAUAUAUUCUGCGGUGUUCGACCGGUUGCGAUAUACAAUUGAGAAGUAUGGUUACAGAGUCCAGUUCCGAACCUGUGAUGCCCCCGUAAUUGUUUGGGCAUACGCCAAACCCGGUAUCACUCCGGGACCCAUUCCAGACUGGCUGCCUUUUGUGAAAGUACGAGAGAAUUACUACCUCGGUCCAUGGGCGCGGGAACCCGGCCCCCAGCUCUGA